AGCGCUGUCAUUAUCCCGGUGUCACUCCAUAAUGCUGCUGUGACACAUGCUCAAAUAUGCCAUAUUCAGUUUUAUGGGCGCGUAUCUCUAAAACAUCAUUAAAGAGCACUUUGCUACAGCAAAUAAAACAAAGACCUCACGCCACUUUGUUAAAUUAGCUGUAUUUUGAUACACAGUUUGCACAUCAUCUAUUUAUUUAAAACCAACAAACCCAUUUUGACAAAUGGAAGUCUUUGCUUGGUCAUUUUGUCGCACUUAAAAGGUCACGGAAGAGAAGUGCGUCAAUAAGACAUAAAUCGCCCUUUGCGUGGUAUAUAAAUGAAGAUGCUCCGAGGUCAGGUAACGAAAGACUUCCAGAAGGCACCGCUCUGACUCUGUUUCCAGCCAUGAAGGUGGUGCUGCUGGCGGUGCUGUUGGUGUUGGCGGCGUGGGCAGACGCCCAGGCCCAGAAAGCUCUGAGACUCUGUGGCCGAGAGUUUUUAGUGAUGGUGUACACGUGCGGGGGUUCCAGAUGGAGGCGGUUCCAAACCGAGGACCCCUUAAAUGGUUAUGGCAUGGAGACUGAUGCGGAGUCACUGGCCUCUGCCGAAACGGAUCGAGUGAGACGAGAGGCCUACGAGGCGCUGCCCUCCACGUGCUGUAAAGUGGGAUGCAGAAAAAGUGAUCUUGUGCGCAUGUGCUGAGAAACCCUCCCAUCGUCGUCAUCUUCUCUGUGCAAAAAUGCAUUUAAAAAUAUUAUUUAUCAGAGGACUUGAAUGACAAAUGUUCAGAUGCUGUUUUCCGAGAAAUUCUUCAAAUGCAAAACAAAAAACAUGUUUAUUUAAAGGCACAAUACUGAACAGAAAUUAAUUUCGUCUUUUUAUAGACAUACUAUAAGGACAUAGCUCACCUUAAAAAAAUUGCCUGAGCAUUGUUUGAGUAUAUGCAUGUACUAUAUGUGUACUAGGCCUACUGUAUAUGUGGCCCAAAACAUAGUGGGUUUAUUAAAUUAAAUGGUUAGCAACCUGAACUAAUGUUUUAAAAAAAAUGUUAAAUCUAGAAGCAGGUACAAAUUCUAGAUUAUAAAAUAUGUAUUUUUUUAAUUAUUAUUUAUAGACCCAAUAUUGC